AUGUUUGCGGUCAUUUGGGUAACGUGUUUAUUGCAAUGUCUGCUUAUGAACAGCAUCGGUGUUGUGGCUGACGAUAGUGUUCCUGACUAUUCUGGAGAUACUUUGCAUGGUACUUGGUCUUCAAAAUCAAACCAGGUUUUCACUGGUCCGGGUUUUUAUGAUCCCGUUGAUGAAUUGUUAAUAGAACCAUCUUUACCAGGUAUUUCCAUUUCCUUUACUGAAGAUGGUUUCUACGAAGAGGCAUGGUACAGAGUCGCUGGUAAUGCAAAGGAUCCCCGUUGUCCUACUGCAGUUCUGAUUUUCCAACAUGGUAAAUAUGAGGUCUUAACAAACGGUACAUUGAAAUUAUAUCCUUUUGAGGUUGAUGGAAGACAGUUAUUAAGUGAUCCAUGUAACGACGGUGGCGUCUCUGCGUACACUAGAUACAGUCAAGUUGGUACAUACUUGUCAUUUUACACAGUUUUAGAUGAUUACCAUGGUGUUUUCAAAUUACAACUGUUCGAAUUCGACGGUACUCCAUUGCAACCUCUAUAUUUGGCAUACAGACCACCUAUCAUGUUACCAACCAUUACAUUGAAUCCAACUGCCUCUGGUUCUGAAGAUUCCUCAUCCGAUGAAACUAGUUCUGCCGUAGCGAAGAGGUCCUUGAGAUCUUUAGUGAAAAGAAAUUUAGAAAACAGAUACAAGACAAAUGCAGUCAAGAAACAACGUAGUAUCUUUAACUCAAGCACUGUUUGGUAUGCAUGUAUGACAGUGAUCUGUAUUUGUUCUGCUGCAUUCAUCUUUUCAUAA